AUACAAAAAAGGGGAAAAUAGAAGAGUCACAAUGUUACCCGUCAUAACAUUGGUUCGGAAUACCAAAAACUAAUGGGUUAGCCUCUUUGCAAGAAACUCCCAAACAAACACUUGUUAUUUUGAUUGCCAAGAUUUCUCUGUCAGCUCCAAUACUAUCCCUCAAAUAUAAUUCACUCCUUCAAUCUUUAACCCAUAUUGGUAGUGUUGUGCAAAUCAAGAAGUUUGGUUAUGUUGUUGAAUCUUGAACACUAAUCUUUAAAAAUAUAUACUUUCUUGAUUUAUAGAACAGUAAUAAAGUUUCAGUUCAAUGGCGGGAAUAGCUAUAGUAUUGGAUCUACUUAGGAAAAACCCAAGCUUUACUGGUAAAACCCUUCAUUCACAUGGUGUCUUUACAGCCAAACUAGCUGCUUCAACUGCUGCUGCUGCUACUGCUACUUAUCCUUUUGCUGCUAGGGCCUUGUUUGGUAAUGGUGCAGGACGAGUUGCAUUUUGCGAUGCUGGCACGGGAUUAUCUGAAGAUUUUUUAUCUAGCAUACAAAGUGAAUCAAUAAUUAACUUUCAGUAUGAUUCAUUGAAGCACAGUACCAAACAAUACAACCUUGAUUUAAAACCCUUAUACUCAGCAUUUAUGUGGAAGAAUCUGGCACUGACUUCCUUGAGAUCUUUCCUAUUAUUUUAUUUACCUCUUCUGGAGCCUCGUGCUAACAUGGAGGAUGAGGAUGAUGAAGAUUUCCUACAGGAUACCAAGGAAGAUCGCCGUGUCGAUUUGGUGACUCCUUUCAAGAAAUCAGUGAAACAGAUUGGUCGUGAGACUGCUGUUGUAACUACAAGACGUGUCCUGGAGAGAUUGGCUGUCCACUAUGUUUCACAACGCAUGGCAUGGAAGUUUUUAAAAGAUGUUCCCAAGUCAGCUGCACGCAAAGCUCAAAGGGGAAUGUCUAGUACGGUCUAUUUUUGCAGUGUUACAAAAACAACAUGCCGAGGUCAUUUUCUGGGAGUUUUGGCAUCAUGGUUUGUGCAAGUUGGCAUUGAUAUCUGGCGAUUUUUCAAAUCUAAACAAGAUGAUGACACACUUGAUGGAUCAGAAAAAAUUCAGCGUCUUGGAAGGAAGAUUUCCAUUAUUACUGUCAGAUGUGGUGCAUCUCUUGUUUUCGCUUCUAUAGGGGCAGGAAUAGGAGCAAUGAUGAUUCGCCCUACAACUGGCCAGUGGAUUGGAUGCGCUAUUGGAGAUGUGGCUGGACCAGUCAUUGUAGCCUUUUGCUUUGACAAAAUUCUUCACGUGGAACUGUGAUGACUCUCUUCUUGGUUAUAUAUUGAGGUCAUAAUUAGUAUAAGGGUAAUGUGAUAGCUUCUUUUCCCCACAAAGAAGUGCAAUUCGGUGCCUUUUUUUGUUUUUGUUUUGACUUGGUUGGUUCCUUUAGCUCUGGAAUAAUGUUCGUCAUAGAUACAUUAAUCAAUUUAUGACAUUACGAGUUCUUUUUCGGAUUUAA